UUUGAUUGGUGGGCUGGAAGGUGGGGGCGGAGACACGGAAACACGGAAACACGGAAGUAGGAAGUAGACAGAAGAAGGAGAUCGAUAAAACUACAGGAGCUGCUUGAACCUUUAUUUAAACUCAGUGAAGAAACAAUCCACAACAUGAACUCUGCGCUGAAAAGACGAGGAAACUAUUUUCCCAAGAAACCACCGAGCAAUCCUAGUGUUGUGAAGGACAAUACGCCACCGAAGAAGAAGAAGACGAAGCACUUCCACUCGGACCUGUGGUUUAUUCUGACUCUGGAGAACUGGAUACUGGACUUUGCAAGGCCCAUUGUCGUGAUCAUCGUUCCUCUGGAAUGGUUUCCUCUGAACAACCUCAGUGUUGGAGACUACUUCCACAUGGCCUACAAUGUCAUCACACCAUUCCUACUGCUCAAGCUGAUUGAGCGCGGCCCCCGUGCACUACCUCGCUCAGUGGUCUACCUCUGCAUAAUUACUUUUGUCAUGGGAGCCAGCAUCCACCUGGUGGGAGACUCCAUCAGCCACCGACUCAUUCUCAGCGGCUACCAGCUCCACCUGUCCGUCAGAGAGAACCCCAUCAUCAAAGACCUUCAACCCGCUUCACUGAUUGACUCCUUUGAGCUGCUGUAUUUUUUUGAUGAAAAGCUAGGACACUUCAUGUGGUAUGUUCCUUUCUUCAUCAUUCUGUUCAUCUACUUCACCGGAUGCUUCACAGCGACAGAAGAAAAGAAAAAGGUUCCUGUGUCUGGUUGGCUGUUGCUGGGACCCAGCGCUCUCUACUAUUGGUACUUGGUGACUGAAGGACAAAUCGCUGAAGUUUUCCUCCUGACCUUCCUUGCCAUGGUUACCGUGGUGAUACAUCAGUGGCGUAAAGGCCUCAGCCCAGACAGCAAUGGCCAGUUCCUGCUCUGUAGUUUCACUGUUGCCCUCAUCCUGGUGGGGCUGUGGGUGUUCUACCUUUGGAGUGACCCGGUGCUACGCAAGAAAUAUCCCGGACUCCUUUACGUGCCAGAACCCUGGUCCUACUACACCUUACACAUCAAGAAUAACCAAUGACCUGCACCCGAGAGAAAGUGGCUGCACUCGAUUCACGAGGAUUAAUGAUGUGCACCAACGUGUGAGGAGACAUAUUCCCUCCUGAAGGCAGCAGGACCUCCAGUGAUACACAGACUUUAACAAGUUGAGACUGUGAUGAUGUUUGGGGAAAGAUUGGUCUCAUUUUGCUUCUGCAAUCACUUCUGCUAAACCUGCUUGGACUAUGAUACAUGUCAUGCAUCAGCACUACCCAUCACAUGAGGUGUUUGCAAUUAGCCCCGAUGGGAAUGUAAGUUUUAAUUUAAGGUGUAAAACCAGGGUUGGGAUGCUAACAUGCUCAAAGCUAAACGCUAAAUUGAGCUGUUCAGUUGGGAAUCGAACAGUUGUCAAUAUUCUCCGACUUCCAGCAGUAUUUUGUCUAAUCGACAUCAGGGGUUUAUAUCAGGUCUGAUAAAGAUCUGUAAAGAACGUGUACUGAGGUUUUUACUGUCAGGGCUUGUUCCUCAAAUGUCCCGAAUAUUUCUGUGUAUAUAUACAAUGAAUCAAAAGAUUGUGCUUUCUUAUAUUUGGUUGUGUGGGAAUCUCAGGAUGUUUUGUCAGUUUACGUUUAAUCAUGAAAGUAAAUUGGAGCCGAGUCUUUGGUCAGUUGCCAACUUUAGAACGUGAGUAGAAAGACGGAGCAGUAUUAACAGAUGUGACCUUUUAUACCUUUUGUACAUUUUUAAAACAUUUUAAAAUACUUCUUAAAAAUGUCAAACAAAUGAACAAUACAUUUUGCAAAACCACCAGUACAGUUCUGUCAUGAUUAAAUAUGUUGACUGAAA